AUGAGCGACGCGUACGACGUUCGUGUCAUGUUCGCGAACACGCUCGACGCCUCGACGCCGACGCGCACGAUCGUAUUUCGCAUCGACGAGACGAAGACGAAGAAAAUAAUUCGCUCGACCACCGGAGACGUUGGACGUGUCCUUCGAUUGCUCCGAAUCGGCGACGGAAGGGUGUCGCGCGCGUGCGAUCACGCGAUGGUGGACGUUCGCGGCGUUCGGUUUGAUCGCACGAUCGCACCCGCGCUUCGAACGGUGACGGACGCGAGGGAGUCGACGCAGAGACAGUUCGGAGCGUUGCGGGACGGAUGCGCGGUGCAGUUACGAUUUGGUCACGUAGACGCGGGAGACGACACGAUCGAGGUCAUCGACGGCGCUUUGACGCUCGAUCCAUUGAAUCCUUCGAUGGAAGCAUGCGUGGAGGCGCUAGGGGACGUUUUGAUAGAGAGCGCUCGGGCACUUGGGACUCGCGCAGGAAGCGUCGGGAAGAAUCCACGCGUGUGGACACCGAGAAAGUUGGAUGAGGAAGAUAACGGGUACGUCCCCGGUAAAGUGAAGUACGAGUCCGCAUGGAAACCCGAUAAGUUUAAGGCCGAUCUUGAGUCCUAUCAAGGACUUCAAGGUGAGGCUGAUCCAUUGCUGAGGAAGAUGGAGUCGCAGGAGAGACACGCAAGAGGAUUGGAGAUGCGUAUCGCUAAUCUCGAGAUCAUUCAGCGCGGUUUACGAGAGGGCGUCGCCGGCGUCAUCGCCGAAGAUAGCUUGACACGCCGUGUCGUCGACGCCGAACUCGUCGAUGAGAUUCACGCGAAGCUCGCAUUGCAAAACGACGUCACAGGAGAAAUUUUCAACCUCGCGCGCGAUUGUGGCGUAUACUUUGACGACAUCGAGGGAUGCGACGCGAGCGAGAUCGAACAGAAAGCCGCGGAGACGUACACGCAGUUAGAGAUCUGUCGCGCGGUAUUGAGCGCGAUGUCGGCAGAGCUUCAAGACCGCGUGAUGUGGGAGAACUACGAGAGCGGUGUCGAGACGAGAGACGUGCUCGAAAACGGUGUGCGACGAGAACACAUGGAGUAUUUACUUGGACGACCGGCGACGAAGGCUGACGUGGACGCGUCGCUCAAACUUCCCGAUCGAUUACGUGCGAAGCUCGUCGGCGGGUACGACGUCGAGCGCAGUAAAGCACAUGGCAAAUACAUAGCUGCGGCGCGCUCUGGCUCGCACGCAUUGCUGAACUAG